CCCGCCCGCGGCAAACAUGGCGGUGGACUCGUCCAUGGAGCUGCUAUUUUUAGAUACUUUUAAACAUCCGAGCGCUGAGCAAAGUUCCCAUAUAGAUGUGGUUCGUUUUCCAUGUGUGGUUUAUAUUAAUGAAGUCCGAGUUAUACCCCCAGGAGUACGAGCCCAUAGCGGCUUGCCUGACAACAGAGCGUAUGGGGAGACAUCUCCACACACAUUUCAGCUAGACUUAUUCUUCAAUAAUGUGAGCAAACCUAGUGCUCCAGUGUUCGAUAGGUUGGGAAGCCUGGAAUAUGAUGAGAAUACGUCUAUCAUCUUUAGACCAAACUCAAAGGUAAAUACUGAUGGUCUGGUGCUAAGAGGCUGGUACAACUGUCUGACCCUGGCGAUCUAUGGAUCAGUAGACAGAGUGAUAAGCCAUGACAGAGACUCGCCACCACCUCCUCCUCCACCUCCACCUCCUCCCCAGCCACAGACGACUUUGAAAAGGAAUCCAAAGCAUGCUGAUGGAGAGAAAGAAGAUCAGUUUAAUGGAAGCCCUCCAAGACCCCAGCCACGCGGACCAAGAACUCCUCCAGGACCUCCUCCCCCUGAUGAUGAUGAGGAUGAUCCUCUGUCUUUGCCAGUGUCUGGUGACAAGGAAGAGGACGUCCCCCAUAGAGAAGAUUAUUUUGAGCCCAUUUCUCCUGAUCGGAAUUCUGUCCCCCAGGAAGGUCAGUAUUCUGAUGAAGGGGAAGUAGAAGAAGAACAGCAAGAAGAAGGAGAGGAUGAUGAAGACGAUGUGGAUGUAGAGGAAGAAGAGGAUGACGAUGAGGAUGACUGCCACACAGUAGACAGUAUCCCUGAUGAGGAGGAGGAAGAGGAAGAGGAAGAAGGUGAAGAGGAUGAAGACGGUGAAGGGGAUGAUGGUUACGAACAGAUCUCUAGUGAUGAAGAUGGAAUUGCCGACUUGGAACGUGAAACUUUUAAGUAUCCAAACUUCGAUGUUGAGUACACUCCAGAAGACCUGGCGUCUGUUCCUCCCAUGACGUACGACCCGUAUGACAGAGAGCUGGUGCCACUCUUGUAUUUCAGCUGCCCGUACAAGACUACUUUUGAGAUUGAAAUCAGUAGAAUGAAAGAUCAGGGUCCAGAUAAGGAAAAUUCAGGAGCAAUAGAAGCCUCGGUGAAGUUAACUGAACUGCUGGAUCUCUAUCGCGAAGAUAGGGGCGCAAAAUGGGUGACGGCUCUCGAGGAAAUUCCCAGCUUAAUUAUAAAAGGAUUAAGUUAUUUGCAGCUGAAAAACACAAAACAAGACUCCCUUGGUCAGUUGGUAGACUGGACAAUGCAAGCCUUAAAUUUACAGGUAGCCUUUCGCCAGCCCAUAGCCUUAAAUGUCCGACAGCUCAAAGCUGGGACCAAGCUCGUGUCUUCGCUGGCAGAGUGUGGGGCUCCAGGAGUCACAGAACUGUUGCAAGCAGGAGUGAUCCGUGUAUUGUUUGAUCUCCUGUUUGCUGAUCACGUCUCAUCUUCCCUUAAGUUAAAUGCUUUCAAGGCUUUGGACAGUGUCAUUAGCAUGACAGAAGGAAUGGAGGCUUUUUUAAGAGGUACCCAGAGUGAGAAAAGUGGCUAUCAAAAGCUUCUAGAACUCAUCCUUCUAGAUCAGACUGUGAGGGUUGUCACUGCAGGCUCAGCUAUUCUUCAAAAAUGCCAUUUCUAUGAAAUCUUGUCAGAGAUUAAAAGACUUGGUGACCAUAUAGCAGAGAAGACUUCAUCUGUCCCUAACCACAGUGAACCUGAUCAUGAGGCAGAUGCUGGGCUUGAGCGAGCAAACCCGGACUAUGAGAAUGAAGUGGAGGCCUCUAUGGACAUGGACCUGUUGGAGUCCUCAAACAUAAGCGAAGGCGAGAUAGAGAGGCUUAUUAGUCUCUUAGAGGAGGUUUUUCAUUUAAUGGAAACUGCACCCCAUACAAUGGUACAGCCGCCCGUGAAGUCUUUUCCAACAAUAGCACGGAUUACUGGACCUCCGGAGAGGGAUGACCCAUACCCUGUUCUCUUUAGGUAUCUUCACAGCCAUCACUUCUUGGAGUUGGUUACGCUGCUUCUGUCAAUUCCAAUAACAAGUGCCCACCCUGGUGUACUGCAAGCCACAAAGGAUGUUCUAAAGUUUCUCGCACAGUCACAAAAGGGCCUUCUCUUUUUCAUGUCAGAGUAUGAAGCGACAAACUUACUGAUCCGAGCUCUGUGCCACCUCUAUGAUCAGGAUGAAGAGGAAGGUCUUCAGUCUGAUGGGGCCGAUGAUGCCUUUGCCUUGUGGCUGCAGGACUCCACCCAGACUCUGCAGUGCAUCACAGAGCUGUUCAGCCACUUCCAGCGGUGCACAGCCACUGAGGAAACUGACCACUCGGAUCUCCUGGGCACUCUCCACAAUCUUUACUUGAUUACUUUUAAUCCUGUGGGAAGAUCAGCUGUUGGUCAUGUUUUCAGCCUUGACAAAAACCUUCAAAGUCUCAUUACUCUAAUGGAGUAUUAUUCCAAAGAAGCCCUAGGUGAUUCCAAGUCUAAGAAGUCAGUAGCUUAUAACUAUGCAUGCAUACUUAUUUUGGUGGUGGUUCAGUCUUCCAGUGAUGUCCAGAUGCUGGAACAGCAUGCACCGUCUCUCUUGAAGCUUUGUAAAGCAGAUGAAAAUAAUGCUAAAUUGCAAGAACUUGGCAAGUGGCUUGAACCUCUGAAGAACCUCAGAUUUGAAAUUAACUGCAUCCCAAAUCUAAUUGAAUAUGUUAAACAGAAUAUUGAUAACUUGAUGACCGCAGAAGGAGUUGGCCUUACCACUGCCUUGCGUGUUCUCUGUAAUGUGGCGUGUCCACCACCUCCUGUUGAAGGUCAGCAGAAAGACCUGAAAUGGAACCUUGCUGUCAUUCAGCUUUUUUCUGCUGAAGGAAUGGACACCUUUAUUCGGGUUCUGCAAAAAUUGAACACUAUUUUGACGCAGCCUUGGAGGCUCCAUGUGAACAUGGGGACUACCCUGCACAGAGUUACUACUAUUUCCAUGGCUCGCUGCACGCUCACUCUCCUUAAAACUAUGCUGACGGAGCUCCUGAGAGGUGGAUCCUUUGAGUUUAAGGACAUGCGUGUCCCUUCAGCACUUGUUACUUUACACAUGCUCCUGUGCUCUAUCCCUCUCUCAGGUCGUUUGGAUAGUGAUGAGCAGAAAAUUCAGAACGAUAUCAUUGAUAUCUUACUGACUUUUACACAAGGAGUUAAUGAAAAGCUCACGAUCUCUGAAGAGACCCUGGCCAAUAAUACUUGGUCUUUGAUGUUAAAGGAAGUGCUCUCUUCUAUCUUGAAGGUUCCGGAAGGCUUCUUCUCUGGACUCCUACUCCUUUCAGAGCUGCUGCCUCUUCCCUUGCCCAUGCAGACCACGCAGGUUAUUGAGCCACAUGAUAUUUCAGUGGCACUCAACACCCGAAAGUUGUGGAGCAUGCACCUUCAUGUUCAAGCAAAGUUGCUCCAAGACAUAGUUCGUUCUUUCUCUGGCACAACCUGCCAGCCCAUCCAGCAUAUGUUACGGCGUAUUUGUGUUCAGUUGUGUGACCUUGCAUCUCCAACCGCUCUUCUGAUCAUGAGAACUGUGUUGGAUUUGAUUGUAGAAGACGUGCAAAGCACUUCAGAAGAUAAAGAGAAACAGUAUACUAGCCAAACCACCAGGUUGCUUGCUCUUCUCGAUGCUCUGGCUUCACAUAAAGCUUGUAAAUUAGCUAUUUUGCAUCUAAUUAACGGAACUAUUAAAGGCGAUGAAAGAUAUGCAGAGAUAUUCCAGGAUCUUUUAGCUUUGGUACGGUCUCCUGGGGACAGUGUUAUUCGCCAGCAGUGUGUGGAAUAUGUCACGUCCAUUUUGCAGUCUCUCUGUGACCAGGUAUUCAGUUUUUUAUUGUCAGUGUGUGUGUUGGUGUGUGCCUGGUACCUCUAUGGAGUGCCUAGGUCAUGUGACAGGCAGCUGUUUAACCCCAUCAAGCACUGCUGCACUGUUUCCCAAAGUGAUCUCUGUUUGCUUUCCAUUCCCUCUGCAUUAGAGCCCUUAGCCUCGCCGCGACUUCUUGGGGUCGUUCUGUUUGUUGACAUGGAGCAGCCAGUGUUGCUCAGCUCUCUAAGGAAGAACAGUAGUGCCCUGCACAGCUUGCUGAAGCGAGUGGUCAGCACGUUCAGUAAGGACACAGGGGAGCUCGCCUCCUCGUUUCUGGAGUUCAUGAGACAGAUCCUCAGCUCUGAUGCCAUGGGCUGUUGUGGAGACGAUAGUGGUCUCAUGGAGGUGGAGGGCGCUCACCCACCCCGGACGAUGAGCAUUAAUGCUGCAGAGCUCAAACAGCUGCUACAGAGCAAAGAAGAGGGUCCAGAGAGUUUGUUCCUUGAACUAGAGAAGCUUGUUUUGGAGCAUUCCAAAGAUGAUGACAAUCUGGAUUCUUUGCUGGACAAUGUAGUUGGACUGAAGCAGAUGCUGGAGUCGUCUGGUGACCCUUUGCCUCUCAGUGACCAGGAUGUAGAGCCCGUACUGUCGGCUCCAGAAUCUCUGCAGAAUCUGUUCAACAACAGGACUGCAUUUGUGCUAGCUGAUGUCAUGGAUGAUCAGUUGAAGUCUAUGUGGUUUACUCCAUUUCAGGCUGAAGAAAUCGAUACUGAUCUAGAUUUGGUGAAGGUUGACCUGAUUGAGCUCUCUGAAAAGUGCUGUAGUGAUUUCGAUUUGCACUCGGAAUUAGAGCGUUCAUUCUUGUCAGAACCGUCAUCUCCAGGAAGAACCAAGACUACUAAGGGAUUUAAACUUGGGAAGCAUAAACAUGAGACGUUCAUAACUUCAAGUGGAAAAUCUGAAUACAUCGAGCCUGCCAAGCGAGCUCAUGUUGUGCCACCACCACGAGGCCGGGGCCGGGGCGGAUUUGGGCAGGGCAUCCGACCCCAUGAUAUUUUUCGUCAGAGAAAGCAGAACACAAGUAGGCCACCGUCUAUGCACGUGGAUGACUUUGUUGCAGCUGAAAGUAAAGAAGUAGUCCCUCAGGAUGGACUUCCCCAGCCGAAGCGGCCACUCAAAGUGUCACAGAAGAUCUCUUCCCGCGGUGGAUUUUCAGGCAAUCGCGGGGGACGGGGCGCUUUUCACAGUCAGAACAGGUUCUUCACACCGCCUGCCUCGAAAGGGAACUACAGUCGUCGGGAAGGAACCAGAGGCUCUAGUUGGAGUGCUCAGAAUACUCCUCGAGGAAAUUAUAAUGAAAGUCGCGGCGGCCAGAGCAAUUUUAACAGGGGUCCUCUUCCACCAUUACGACCACUUAGUUCUGCAGGUUACCGCCCGAGUCCUCGGGAUAGAGCUUCCAGAGGCCGCGGAGGGCUCGGACCUUCCUGGGCUAGUACCAACAGCGGCAGUGGAGGCUCCAGAGGGAAGUUUGUCAGUGGAGGCAGUGGGAGAGGUCGUCAUGUACGGUCUUUUACUCGAUAGACUUGGGAACACUCCAAGGAAAUGGACAUUUCAUGAGGACAAAAAAAAAAAAAAAAAAAAAGACACUGAAGGACCAAUUUAGACUUAGCAGCUGUACCUGAAGACAUCUGAGAGAAUAUUUUUAUCUGAAGAAAGCAGAUUUUGUUUGAUACUUAACGAGAUUUCAAUAAAAAUCCAAACUUUGUAU